AUGAGGGAUUUGAGACAUGGCCGCGAGGAGCUACUUCACACGGAAUUAGAGCCCUGGGUGCCCGGGCCGCCAAACCACGAGCCGCCAUCCCAUGAUCCGCCUGGUGCCUCCGGCUUCCGGAUCGGCAGCGCCUCCACUUCCCAAUCGGAGCGGAACCCAGCGCGGUCAUGUCAAGCCCGGGCCGAAGGAGCCCUGCCCCAUCAAGCUCUGCGGAUCAAGGUCCGCCGCACUCCGGUAACACGCCGCGAUGCAAGUAAACUCGGGACGACAGCAGCCACGGCCCUCGGCACCGACCGAAAGAACAAAAAAGUGAUGACUUCUCUACGGUGCGUAAGUCAAGUUCUGUGUUUCCCGACGGAGAAAACACGGACUUUUGACCUUGAGCGGCUCGCCGAGAAGGGGUACCUGAGGUAG